AUGGCGGCCCGGUUCCCCAUCAAGAACUCGAUUCGGGAAAUCGACCGUAAUACUUGGUCAGUCGGCGAACGACUACUCCUUUCUCGCACGCCCACCGCACCGGCCGACCGUUGGUGGAGCGACGGCUGUGGCUCCUUUUACAGCAUUUCCGAGCUGGCCGGAACACCACCUCCAUCUCGGCCGUUGUCAACAUUGUCCUCGAACUUUGUACGACUUAUCUACGAAGCCGGCGACAGCUCUGCUGUCUGGGCGAUCGGGGACGCCUUCCUCAAGAUUAAGAGCUUCGAUCAUCCGGAGACGACUCGGGAGCAUGUCACACUAGCCGCCGUACAUGCCAUGCGACGCAGUUUCACUAUUCCGAACGUUCUCUUCCACGACGAGUGGGCUGGCCGUCGAUACUUGGUUCUGUCCAAAAUCCCCGGGUGCACCCUCGCCGACGCAUGGAAAACAAUGGAUGAGGCGACGAAAUGUCAGUAUGUCGAUCGGGUGGUGGAUGUUUGUAAUGAGCUGGGUAAGCUUCGGAAUGAUUGUAUCGGCGGCAUUGAUGGGAAUCAGCUCCUUGAACCGCUACUUGUCAAACGCGAUGCGGUCGUAGAUUUCAGUCACGACAACCUACUAAAGGCUUGCGAGGCGUUGGGUAUGGACUGCUCUAAUUUUGUCUUCUAUCACUGCGACUUGGGGCCGGGCAACUUAAUCAUAGAUAGCGAUGGAUCGCUUGGUGUCAUCGACUGGGAAAUGGCUGGCUUUGUGCCUAAGGACUGGAUCAGGACCAGAUUCUGUAUUUCUGGCGGUUUGGAUUUACCUGGCACGGGUGAUGAAAGGGUCGAUUGGAGACGGCGUAUGCAAAGACGACUAUCUACGGAAGGAUAUCCCGAAAUUGCUGACGAGUGGAUGAGUUGGUGGAGGGGAGGAUAG